CUGACGGCCCCCUUGCCCCGCCGGGCUCCCCUGAGCCCCUCGGCCUCCUCGCGCCGCGCCGCGGGAGCCGGUCCCAAACAAACGCGGCGAGAUCCCGGUACCGGGGGCGGUUCGCUGGCGAGUGCGGAGGCAGCAGCCCGGAUUGGGAACCCUUGCCACACUCACCUGCUCAACUAAGAACGCAUUACCAUGCCAGCUAAAGGGAAGAAGAAAAGCCGGGGCAAGUCGCGUGGGAAGAAGCAGAAGAAGCCGGAAGUGGACAUCCUCAGCCCCGCCGCCAUGCUGAACCUCUACUACAUCGCGCACAACGUGGCCGACUGCCUGCAGCUGCGCGGCUUCCGCUGGCCAGGCGCCGCCAAGGCGAAGAAGGGGAAAGGCAAGACUUAAGCCAGAGCGUUUCCCAGCCCCUCUAUCCUGCAGACAGCAGAACCCGGGGAAGAGAAAGCAGGAUUAUGCCACCGUUGCAAGCAAAAUAGACUUCACUGAAGGCAAUCUGAGAUGCAAACUGAGUGUGCUUUUUUGUGGUAGAUAAUGAUAAACGCAUUUUACUUCCUCAGCUAAACCCAGGUAUGAGUGAGCGAGCCAGUUUGGUUUUUCAGAAGUUAAGGGGCUGGGGGUAGAAAGUGUGUGGUAAUUCCCGCGUGGUGUGGUGGAAUUGAUAGUUGUUAUAAAUCUGGGUUAGAAUUGAACCUUGCUGUAGAAGGGCAGUUCUAGCUUUCACGAGUUUUCUUUUGCCCAAAGGGGUUUUGUUUUUUAAAGUAGACAUGACAAAAAGCAUUGCAUUUGUUCAUGGGUCCCUCUUUUGACCACAGUUUCCUUUCCUCAUCUUUUUCUGGAAAAGUAAUAAAUAUUUUGUUACUAC